AUGUUGGACCUUGUGCGUGACGCGCCAUUCGGUCAGCUUCUGCGGUAUCUCACUGGUGACCGUGUCUUCAAAUAUUGCGAAGAAAAACCAGACUUCCAGUCGGAGACCGCUUCAUCCGAGGCUGAAUCGAAACCCUCCAGCAUGCAACGGAUAGCUUCCGCAGCCUCGAAUCUCCAGCGCACGAGAACCCUUCCUUAUACGGCGGAGAGACUGGCUGCGGAAGAAACUAUGGAGUUGGAGAGAUCACAAUCUAUCCCGAUCAAACCUGUGAAAACUGCUGAUGGAAUUACAUUGGUGGACUGGUAUCGUACUGACGAUCCAGAGAACCCUCAGAAUUGGUCUUGGAAAAAGAAGGCAUGGACAGCCUUCCUAAUCGAUAUUUACACCUUUGUCGUAUACGCAUCAUCCUCAAUCUACAUUUCGAGUGAACUACUAAUUAUGGAGAGAUUUCAUGUCGGGGAGACGAAGGCCGCACUUGGCCUUGCUCUCUAUGUGUUAGGAUAUGGAAUUGGACCACUUGUGUUUGCACCUCUAUCUGAAGUUCCUAUUUUCGGGAGAAAUGUACCGUACAUCACCACUUUCGCCUUGUUUGUCCUCUUGUCCAUACCUACGGCCCUCGUCGAUAACCUUGGGGGUCUCUUAGUUUUGAGGUUCCUCCUUGGUCUAUUCGGAAGUCCCUGCCUUGCGAAUGGAGGCGCAAGUAUGGGAGACAUGUAUUCUCUUCUUUAUCUCCCAUACAGUGUGGCCUGUUGGGUGUCUUUUGCUUUUGCAGCGCCAGCAAUUGGACCACUGCUCUCAGGCUUCGCGGUUUACGCAGAGAACUGGCGCUGGAGUCAAUGGGAAAUUAUUUGGAUGGCUGGCCCGGUCUUUCUUCUGUUCUUCUUUUUCCUACCUGAGACUCAACCUUCAACUAUAUUGCUACACCGCGCUGCCCGACUGAGGAAGGUGUCCGGUAAUGAGAAGAUUAGAUCUCAAACCGAGAUUGAUCGACGCGGUAUUAGUCUCGGGAGUAUCGUUAUUGAGGCGAUUGUGAAACCAAUUGAGAUUACGAUCAAGGAUCCCGCGGUUUUCUUCGUGAACGUAUACACAGCCCUUACUUACGGUAUCUACUACUCCUUUUUUGAGGUCUUCCCUCUCGUCUAUCCCGUAAUGUACGGAUUCAAUGUUGGCGAGACAGGAAUAGUAUUCGUCUGCAUUAUUGUCGGAUGUUUCAUUGCCAUGGCUAUUUAUUUCUCAUACCUUCACUUCUAUGUGAUUCCAAGUAUUUUGAAGAGUGGUCUUGGCCCCCAGGAAUUCUGGUUACGGCCUUCACUGCUUGCAUCCAUCGGCCCCACUGUUGGACUCUUCAUCUUCGGUUGGACUGCCAGGGCAUCCAUCCAUUGGAUUGUUAGCGUAAUUGGUAUCACCAUAUAUGCCACAUCCGUAUAUAUUAUUAUGCAGUGUAUCUUUACGUAUGUUCCAAUGUCGUACCCUCAGUAUGCAGCGAGCUUGUUCGCCGGAAAUGAUUUCUGUCGAUCGUUGUUUGCAUUUGGGGCCGUCUUAUUCUCUCGUCCGAUGUAUAUCAACCUCGGAGUCGGGAAGGGUAUUAGUUUACUUGGUGGGCUAAGUGUUAUGGGCAUCAUCGGAAUGUGGCUGUUAUACUUCUACGGCUCAAGGCUGAGAGCGAGAUCGAAGUUCGCUGUCUAAAGCUGACGUGCGUGCACGACUUCUCGGCACGUCUAUGAGCUUGUAUACAAAUACCACAACACGUCGCAGAACUAGUCGCACAAUCGCAUGGCAAGGUGUGCGCAGGUCUCGGAAGGAAAAUGAUGCUAGCCAGUAAACAUCAGUGGCUAUGGGACUAAGAUUAAAG